AUGUGUCGGCUCCGCUCACUGGCAGCGCCAUCCGGUAAGCCAGCGAUCCUGGCUGCGCACAACACAAGCUCCACCUCGGUGCGCGUCCGCUGGAGGCCAUUGUCGAGCCAGGAGCUGCGCGGCGAGUUCCAGUACUACCGCAUCACCUACCGUGAGCGUGGCGCGGCCAAAGACAGCGCCAAAGAGCUUCGGAUCAAGGACGAGAGAAUCCAGAGUCACGCCAUCUUUGGCCUGCGUCCAUUCACCCAGUAUCUCAUCUCCGUACAAGUGGAGAACCCGGCUGGCCUGGGCCCCAGCUCUACCGUCGUUGUCACUACGGACGAAGGAGUUCCUGAAGCUCCGCGGCAGGUGUCCGUCCUGAACGUGACCGACACCACGGUCACCAUCUCCUGGCUGCCGCCGAGCCGCCGCAACGGUCUCAUCGAGGGCUACAGGAUCUACAUCAGCACUGGCAACUUCACUAACGCCACCUGGCUCCGGCUGCCCCUGGACAAUACGCAGUACACGCUGAGGAACCUCGUUCCGUUCACCAACUACUCGGUGACGGUGAAGGCGUUCACUCGGAGCAUGGAGGGCCGCGAGUCGGCGGCGCUCGCGGUCACCACCGACGUCUCUAGCCCCAGCUUCAGCUCCAGCCCCAACUCCAGCUUCAUCUUCAGCGGCCGCGUCCACCACUAUCUGGUCAGCUACCGGGCCGAGCGGGCGGCAGCCAUCACGGAGGUGCCGGUCGCCGCCGACCCGGUCGGCCGGGAGGGAAAGUUUCUGCUGUCGAAUCUGACGGCCGGCACGCUCGCCGCGCCGCUCAACGCCGGCCUUAUCGCCGGCAUCGCGUGCGCCUGCUGUGCCUUCCUGCUGGCGCUGGCGGCGCUGGCCAUCUGGAGGUGA